GAAAACCUGUGCGUCCAACCGAUUCAGAAGAUUAAACGUCCAAUCAACAAGCCACCCUGCGGACCUUGUGAUCCGCGUGGCCCUCGACGUAGCUGGAGAUCUGUGGACUCGAGCGCGCCUGAUCACUGCUCGUACUCAAUUCAUAUUAUUAAAGACUCGCAGCUGGCCAAGUCCCCUGUUGCAUUGGCCGUUCCUCCAGAUUAGGAUUUAUCUUCCUUCUCCCCGGAGGUCGAAGACUCUUGGAAGACGCAGGAUCAUCCUAAUGGUUCUUCUAAUUAUAUUGGAUAUUUUAACUCAAGAGUUCUUGCUAUGUGGGUGGCAAGUUGGUUUGUAAUAGCUGUUAUAUUGAUUCAUUCUAUACAACAGGAUGCGAAAGGUUCUUGUAAGUUUAUUUUUGCAGAGCAGAUGAUUUGCCCAUUUUCAUCCCCCACUAUUGCUUCCUGAUUUUUCCUGUGAAGAGCGCUUGUCUUGCUGCACCUAUUUGUCACUAAGCUUCGUAUGGAAGCUUCGUACUACAACAUCCUUGCCAUCUCAUAAGGGACUCAGCCAACUUUUCUUCCCUCCUCCACACAGAAAACUGUGCUGAGGGUAGGUUGGACGGUUGAAGAUUCUGGAAAAAUAUGGAAGUCUGUAAGCCCCUCAGUUCUAAUAAUCGAUUAAAGCACCGUCCUCUGACCCUUUUUAGGGUUUUAAGGGGUUUGGUGUGUUUGGUGGUUCUUCUUUCAACUGCAUUUCUGUUCCUAGUGUACUUUGGACCUGUUGCUGUGGUCAUGCUACGAUUUUUCAGCGUACAUUACAGUAGGAAAGUGACAUCCUUUCUUUUUGGUCUUUGGCUAGCUUUGUGGCCAUUUCUAUUUGAAAAGAUAAACAAGACUAAGGUGGUUUUUUCUGGAGAAAAAGUUCCAGCAAGGGAACGUGUUCUGCUUAUUGCCAACCAUAGAACUGAGGUUGAUUGGAUGUAUUUGUGGGAUUUCGCAUUGCGGAAAGGAUGCCUUGGGUACAUAAAGUAUGUCCUUAAGAGCAGUUUGAUGAAACUACCAGUGUUUGGUUGGGGAUUUCACAUUUUCGAGUUCAUUUCCGUAGAGAGGAAGUGGGAAAUUGAUGAACCAAUACUGCGUCACAUGCUUUCAACUUUUACUAAUACUCGGGAUCCCUUGUGGCUUGCUGUUUUCCCAGAAGGAACUGAUUUUACUGAACAGAAGUGCCUAAGAAGUCAACAAUUUGCCACUGAAAAUGGGUUGCCAGUGUUGAAGAAUGUGCUGCUUCCAAAAACCAAGGGUUUCUAUGCUUGCUUGGAAGCUCUAAGAGGCUCUGUGGAUGCAGUUUAUGAUCUGACCGUUGCAUACAAGCACCAAUGCCCUCUUUUCUUGGACAAUGUCUUUGGUGUGGACCCUUCUGAAGUUCACAUUCAUGUUCGACGUAUCCCUGUUGAGGAGGUUCCGGCAUCUGAAGAUGAGGCUGCUGCGUGGUUGAUAAAUACAUUCCAGCUCAAGGAUCAGUUGCUCUCAGAUUUCAAUGCUCAGGGCUAUUUCCCUCAUCAAGGAACAGAAGGAGAGCUUUCUACGUUGGAGUGCUUGGUAAAUGUUAUUGUAGUAAUUGCUUUAACUGGCAUAUUCAUAUUUCUAACUUUUUUCUCAUCUGUUUGGUUUAAAUUGUACGUUGCUGCAUCUUGUGCAUAUCUUGCUUCGGCUACCUAUUUUAACUUUAGACCAUUGCCAGUUGUAGACAUAGUAAAAGCAAUGUUAUAUUGCAAGAAAACCAAGAAAUGAGCAAUUUCUGCUACUUGAUUUUCUAA